AUGACGCAUCCUGCACCCAGUCACGUUGCGACGAAGGAUCUUUUCAAGCUAGAUGAACGGACUAUCAUAAUUUCGGGGGGCGCCGGUGCAGUAGGCACCGUCGUUGGUAAAGCGAUCCUGGAGAGUGGCGGAGACGUCGUCUUCGUCGAUGUCUCGAACCCUAAUCCCAAAGCCUGGAGCUCGCUUCAGGAAUAUGCCAAAGCCAACAACAAUUCCGCAACUUUCCAAACCCUUGAUGUCCAGGAUGAAGCCAGCAUCACGUCAGCCUUCACCACCAUCCGUACCUCCCUCCGUCACCCGAUCCGUGGCCUUGUCUCGUGCGCAGCGAUCUCUGGAGAGAGCGAUGCAUGUGACUACCCCAUUACGACAUUCCGGAAGAUCCUCGACAUCAACAUUUCCGGAACCUUCCUCAUCGCCCGUGCUGUAGCAAAUGAACUCCACUCCACUAAUCUACCAGGAAGCAUCGUCCUCUUUGCCUCAAUUUCCGGUCACAUAUCUAACCACGGAAUCAACACUGCCGCAUACAACGCCUCAAAAGCGGCCGUACACCAACUCGCUCGUUCGCUCGCGGCGGAAUGGGGACAUCCGCAGAAUACCUUCCCAGGAAGCACAGUCACAGAAACGAACCCGACCCCAAGCCAAGAGCCUCGGAAAAUUUCCCCGCCGAUUCGUGUUAACACUAUUAGUCCCGGACAUAUCGAUACGCCCCUCAGCGCGGAGGCGCGGAAGAGGGGGCUGACAGAGGAGUGGGCUAAGCAGAAUAUGUUAGGGAGGAUUAGCGUGCCCGAGGAGUUUCGGGCGCCCGUGCUGUUUUUGUUGAGCGAGGGGAGCAGUUACGUUACUGGUUCUGUGAGUCGAUUCUGA